AUUUACCCCAAACCGCCUAGUUAAUUUUGAGUUCACUCUCAAUUUCUCAACUUCGUGAGCUGUGCGUUACAUGUAUAUAUAUAUAGCUUCUCCCAGUUUCUGCCAGCCAAACAUACCCACUUCAAAAGCUCUUUCAUUAACUCAUAAAGACCAAUAGAACAAAAAGGAAAAGAGAUCUUCUAAAAGUGCAUACACUUUGUCAUUUUUUGCUGCCAUUUCUUUUCAUUUUAGUUGUUGCUAUCUUCUACUAUUAAAACACAGUUGCAACCAUGCAAGAAAAGUCGAAAAUGCAGAAGAAGAGAUCAGUGGUUGGUCGUAGAGCUUGGAACCUUCUCCGCCUGACCUUGUUAUUAUGGGCAAGAAAAGGUGGCAUUUUCAAGAACAAGCUCCUAAUUGAACUCCGUUUGCUUCCAAAAUAUAUCAAAAGUCUCGGCCAUACCAACAACUACGGUGGUGCAUUACAUUAUCAUUAUGGGGAGCGUGAGUUUUCCUUUGAUGACACCCCUAUCAUUCAUGUCAAGAUGCAUCGCCCUGCUUCCUUGCGUUUCAAGAUACCAAAUAUCCCUUGCAUCAAACCUCAAGUUGAUGUUCCUAGGAAAAGUUUCUUGAACUGGGAGGAUGGUGAUAAUGAAGAGGAUGCAUAUGCAAGCUGCGAGGUCUCUGAGGAGAUUAGUUGUCCCGGUGAUGAAGCUAUUGAUAUGAAGGCUGAGGAAUUUAUUGCCAAGUUUUAUGAACAAAUAAAGCUGCAAAGACAAAUAUAAUCAUAUUUAGAAUACCACGAGAAGACGCUCGCUAACUAAAGGUGCAAAUUGACAUAGACUUGCAGGCGCUUUCCGCUCACCAAUUUUCAUUCUUUUUGGAUGUCAUAUUCAUGUUUCAAUUCCAUACUGGCUAGUAGUAUUCUUUCUGUAUAAGAUGCGUUACGUUGCGGAUUAUUUUGUAUAUAGAAGAGGUCUUCAGUA